UAAUUCGCGGUUAACAAAGGCCGCUAAUUAGGCGAGACGUUCGUGAUGACAGCAACGGUUGCCCACAGGACUGUAGUCACCUUCCCCACAAUAAACCGCCACUCAUCACAAGCAACCACACCAUCUCAACAAGCAACAGCCAGAAACAAUGUCCAUCAAUCCAUUCAGCCCUUCGACGAUUCUGCGGCUGAUAUCCGAAAGCCUCCCGUCCGACGAGCAGCCGCAGCUCAAAAAUCCCCAAGAUGCCAUCGCAAUCUUCAUCCACGCCUGCAUGCUCACCGUGGGCUUCAGGUUGGUCGGGCUCAGUGAGGAUGACCGGAUAUCUUCGCCCUCCGACGAAUCGGCGCCCCAGCCGUUGCCGUCGAACUGGAAUUCGAGCAGUGGCAGUAGCUAUGGCUUCCGAUACUCGCACUCGCAGUCAUCGAUGGUAUUUCUCGUUAAGAUCAACCGGCUCGGCGGGAAGACCGUGAUCAUGGGUCUCGGACUGGGCGACGACAAGACCACCAGUUUCGAUAUAGUCACCAAAGAUUUCACGAGCGAGAGCUUCUUCCCAUACAGCAGCAUCGGCAGCGAAGGAGAUCAGCUGGAAAUCCUUCAGGACGGAUUCAUUUCCACCAACAGGAUGUCAGAUCUCGCUAUCCUCGUUAAGAUCAACAUUGUCCAGAAACUCGUGCCGGGAAUAAUUAAGCCGGGCUACGAGGAAGAGGCGGAGGAAACCAAGGGUGGUGGUGGUGGUGGCGGACAAGCUUCGCGUCAACAGCAGCAACCGCGCCCCCACCAUGACGACGGCAAUAAUCCUCUACCCGUACCCCCGCCGUACGGAAGCCCAUACGGCGGACUCCCGAGAGGCGGACCGCCACCUAUCCCUGCAGGCGGCGAGCAUAUCCCCGGGUUUGACGAUGAAUACGGAAUCUAUCAGCCACCCAGAGGCAGAGGCGGAUAUGGAUAUCCUCCGGGGGGUAGGAAUCCGCUCAGCAUCGGAGCAGACGACUUGAACCCGCCUGGCCUGGGACCGAAUCCCCCGAUGGUGGGUCCUUUCUUCGGUGAAGGAAGCGGAUCGAGCGGGAUGCAUCCAACGGGCGAUCACCCGAUAUUUGGAGGUAAUGGGGGAGGUAGAAUGGGAAUGAGAGGAGGAUAUGGACGGGGGCCACCGGGCUCGCGUUACGAUCCGAUUGGCCCAGGAGACGAGCAGCCGAUGGGAGGAUUGAGAGGCCCUCGAGGACCGGGUGGACCUGGGGGUGGUCCCGGAUUCGGGGGGAGCGGGCCGCACAAUCCGUUCUCCAGCUACGGAAGUGGGGAUUUCAUGUGAUGGAACCGCGUUUCUUGCUUUCAUGUAUGCUUCUCAUUCUUUGGGUUCAUAUGAUGGCGUCGUGUCUCAUCACCUUCUUUUGUGCUUCCUCUCUUCCGGUUCUGGUUGUCCCUCAUGAAAUGACGACGCUUCGUUGCGAUCUUGCGAUCUUGCGUUCUCUCGGUCCCAUAAUGAUCUGUGAUGAAACAUCGAACACGGAAUAGCCAAUAUUAGAUUAUUGCGGCAUACCAAGACGUCGAUCCAAGAGUCCGGGCCCCGGAGACAGACAUCACUCUUCUGCAUCCCGUUCCCGGGUAGACUUAGUGCUGGGCG